AGGGGGGCCGGGGUGGGGGGAAGCGAUGUUUGCCCGUCAGUCGAGUCCGGAGUGAGGAGCUCGGGCGCCGGAGCGGAGGGAGAGUCUCGAGCCGCAGCUUGCCGCCGCGACGGCCACCGCCUGGACCUCUGCCCGGAGGGAGCUGCAGAAGGUCGGCCUCCACGGUCCACGGGAGGGCAGCGAGACCGGGGCCCGGAGCUCCGUCCGGGAGGGAUUUUUCUUCGCCCCCCUCCCCCCGCGAGGGAGCCGGAGCGGCCGCCAAACAAAGGUACCAGUCGCCGCCACGGGAGGAGGAGGAGCCGGAGCCCGAGCCCCGAGCGCCGGCGGACCCGCAGCUUCUUCGCCAUCUCUUCCCCGGGCCUGCUGGUGUUGGGGGGGAGGCGGAGCGGGGGACUCCGGCCGCAGGGCUCCCACCUCGUCUGCGCCGGGAGGUUCAGGUGAAGCUGGUGUCGCCGUGGGGACCGCGGCCCCGGAGUCACCAUGAAGGCCCUUGAUGAGCCUCCCUAUUUGACAGUGGGCACUGAUGUGAGUGCCAAAUACAGAGGAGCCUUUUGUGAAGCCAAGAUCAAGACUGCAAAAAGACUUGUCAAAGUCAAGGUGACCUUUAGACAUGAUUCUUCAACAGUGGAAGUUCAGGAUGACCACAUAAAGGGCCCACUGAAGGUAGGAGCUAUCGUGGAAGUGAAGAGUAUUGAUGGUGCCUAUCAGGAAGCUGUUAUCAAUAAACUGACAGAUGCAAGUUGGUAUACUGUGGUUUUUGAUGAUGGAGAUGAGAAGACACUGAGAAGAUCUUCGUUAUGUCUGAAAGGAGAGAGGCAUUUUGCUGAAAGUGAAACAUUAGACCAGCUCCCACUCACCAAUCCUGAGCAUUUUGGCACUCCAGUCAUAGGAAAGAAAACAAAUAGAGGAAGAAGAUCUAACCAUAUACCAGAGGAGGAAUCUUCCUCCUCAUCUAGUGACGACGAUGAGGAUGAUAGGAAACAGACUGAUGAGCUACUAGGCAAAGUUGUUUGUGUAGAUUAUGUUAGUUUGGAUAAAAAGAAAGCACUGUGGUUUCCUGCACUGGUGGUUUGUCCUGACUGUAGUGAUGAGAUUGCUGUGAAAAAAGACAAUAUUCUUGUUCGAUCAUUCAAAGAUGGCAAAUUUACUUCAGUUCCAAGAAAAGAUGUCCAUGAAAUUACUAGUGACACUGCACCAAAGCCUGAUGCUAUAUUAAAACAAGUCUUUGAUCAGGCACUUGAAUUUCACAAAAGUAGAACUAUUCCUGCAAACUGGAAGACUGAGUUGAAAGAAGACAGCUCUAGUAGUGAAGCCGAGGAAGAGGAAGAGGAGGAAGAUGAUGAAAAAGAGAAAGAGGAUAAUAGCAGUGAAGAAGAGGAAGAAAUAGAACCAUUUCCAGAGGAAAGGGAGAACUUUCUACAACAGCUGUAUAAGUUCAUGGAAGAUAGAGGUACACCUAUUAACAAGCGGCCUGUGCUUGGGUAUCGAAAUUUGAAUCUUUUUAAGUUAUUCAGACUUGUACACAAACUUGGAGGAUUUGAUAAUAUUGAAAGUGGGGCUGUUUGGAAGCAAGUCUACCAAGACCUUGGGAUUCCCGUCUUAAAUUCAGCUGCAGGAUACAAUGUUAAAUGUGCUUAUAAAAAGUACCUAUAUGGCUUUGAGGAAUACUGCAGGUCAGCUAAUAUUGACUUUCAGAUGGCAUUGCCAGAGAAAGUUCUUAACAAGCCGUGUAAAGAUUGUGAAAAUAAAGAAAUAAAAGUUAAGGAAGAAAAUGAGACAGAGAUCAAAGAAGUAAAUGUGGAAGAUAGUAAGAACAUGAUACCAAAAGAGGAGACACCUGCUGAGGAUGAGAGUGAAAGAAAAGAAAACAUCAAACCCUCUCUGGGAACUAAAAAAAGUUUAUUAGAAUCUAUACCUGCACAGUCUGAUCAAGAAAAAGAAGCUAGCAUUAAGAAACUAGAAGAAAAGGAAAACUUGGAAGAUUGUGACACAACUAGAGCAGAGGAGUCCCUCAGCACAGAGGUAGAUGCUGAAGAAGAACAAGCACGAUCUGGAGAUGAAACCAAUAAAGAGGAAGAUGAAGAUGAUGAAGAAAUAGAAGAGGAGGAGGAAGAAGACGAGGAAGAAGACGAGGAUGAAGAAGAUGAUGACAACAAUGAAGAAGAGGAGUUUGAGUGCUACCCACCAGGCAUGAAAGUCCAAGUGCGGUAUGGACGAGGGAAAAAUCAAAAAAUGUAUGAAGCUAGUAUAAAAGAUUCUGAUGUCGAAGGUGGAGAGGUCCUUUACUUGGUGCAUUACUGCGGAUGGAAUGUGAGAUAUGAUGAAUGGAUUAAAGCAGAUAAAAUAGUAAGACCUGCUGAUAAAAAUGUACCAAAGAUAAAACAUCGGAAGAAAAUAAAGAAUAAAUUAGACAAAGAAAAAGACAAAGAUGAAAAAUAUUCUCCUAAGAACUGUAAACUUCGACGCUUGUCAAAACCACCGUUUCAGUCAAAUCCAUCACCUGAGAUGGUUUCCAAACUAGAUCUUGCUGAUGCCAAAAACUCUGAUACAGCUCAUAUUAAAUCUAUAGAAAUUACUUCUAUUCUUAAUGGACUACAAGCUUCUGAAAGUUCUGCUGAAGACAGUGAGCAGGAAGAGGAGAGGGAUGCUCAGGACAUAGACAACAGUGGCAAAGAUGAAUCAAAGGUGGAGCAUUUGACCCACACCAGAAGUGACCUGAUUUUAAAAGAGGAGCAGAGUAGUCCAUCUUUGUUAGAAGAAAAUAAAGUCCACACAGAUUUAGUACUAGCCAAAACAGUGACAAAAUCUCCAGAAAGAUUAAGAAAAGAUAUGGAAGGAAUAUCAGAAGAUACUGAUUUUGAAGAAGAUGAUGAAAUUACAAAAAAGAGAAAGGAUGCUAAAAAGGACACAACAGAUAAAUCUUUAAAGCCACAGACAAAACGUGGGAAAAGACGAUAUUGCAAUACAGAAGAAUGUUUGCAGACUGGAUCCCCUGGCAAGAAGGAAGACAGAACCAAGAGCAAAGAGUCAGUUGGUACAGAAAACAGUAGUAAUAGCUCCUCAGAUGAAGAUGAAGAAGAAAAGUCCAAAGCAAAGGUGACACCAACCAAGAAAUAUAAUGGCUUAGAAGAAAAGAGAAAAUCUUUACGGACAACUAGUUUCUAUUCCGGAUUUUCAGAAGUACCAGAAAAAAGGAUAAAACUUUUAAAUAACUCUGAUGAAAGACUUCAGAACAGCAGGGCUAAAGAUAGAAAAGACGUUUGGUCAAGUAUUCAGGGACAGUGGCCCAAGAAAACACUAAAGGAACUUUUCUCUGACUCUGACACUGAGGCUGCAGCAUCUCCCCCCCAUCCUGCCCCAGAUGAGGGCACAGUAGAGGAGUCUCUGCAGACUGUAGCAGAAGAGGAGAGUUGCUUGCCCAUUAUAGAGCUAGAGAAGCCACUACCAGCCAGUGUUGACAAUAAGCCAGUUGAAGAAAAACCCCUAGAGGUUAGUGACAGAAAAACAGAAUUUCCAAGCAGUGGCAGUAAUUCAGUGCUCAAUACCCCCCCUACUACACCGGAGUCGCCUUCUUCAGUCACUGUAACAGAAGCCAGUCAGCAGCAGUCUUCUGUCACAGUGUCAGAGCCCCUGGCUCCAAACCAGGAAGAGGUCCGAAGCAUCAAGAGUGAAACUGACAGCACAAUUGAGGUGGACAGUGUUGUGGGAGAGCUCCAGGACCUCCAGUCAGAGGGGAAUAGCUCACCAGCAGGCUUCGAUGCAAGCGUGAGCUCCAGCAGUAGCAAUCAGCCAGAACCAGAACACACAGAAAAAGCCUGUACAGGUCAGAAAAGAGUGAGAGAUGCUCAGGGAGGAGGAAGUGCGUCAAAAAAGCAGAAGAGAAGCCAUAAAGCCACCGUGGUGAACAACAAAAAGAAGGGAAAAGGCACAAACAGCAGUGACAGUGAAGAACUUUCAGCUGGGGAAAGUGUGACUAAGACUCAGGCCGUCAAGGCAGUCCCCGCUGGAAUGAAGUCCCACAAUAGCAAGUCUCCUGCAAGGAUACAGUCACCGGGAAAGUGUGGGAAGAACGGGGAUAAAGAGCCUGAUCUCAAGGAGUCCAGUAGCCGGCUUCCCAAGGUUUACAAGUGGAGUUUCCAGAUGUCGGACCUGGAAAAUAUGACAAGUGCUGAACGUAUCUCAAUUCUUCAAGAAAAAUUGCAAGAAAUCAGAAAGCAUUAUCUGUCAUUAAAAUCUGAAGUAGCUUCCAUUGAUAGGAGGAGAAAACGUUUAAAGAAGAAAGAAAGAGAAAGUGCUGCUACGUCUUCCUCCUCGUCUUCUCCCUCGUCCAGCUCCAUAACAGCUGCUGUUAUGUUGACACUAGCUGAACCAUCAAUGUCCAGUGCAUCACAGAAUGGAAUGUCAGUUGAGUGCAGGUGACAGCAGGACUUGCUAGAGCACUUUGCACUUAAUGGCUGUUGAUGGCCACGUCUUUUUUUAUACUGCACAGUGGCACACACACAUACACAAAAUCAGACAAGCACUAUUUUAUAUUUAAAAAUUGUUUCUUGACAAGCUGACUUGGCACUUAAGUGCACUUUUUUAUGAAGAAAAAGUACAACGAACUGCUUUUCCUCAAGCAAUAAUUGUUUCCAACUUGUCUGGGAAUUGCGUGUCUGGUAACUUGAAGGCCUUCCACUGUGGCAGAGGAGGCUUUUCACUGCCUGUAAAGACAACACAGUAAGCAGAGAAAAGGUGGGCCAGAACAUGUGAGGUGACUUACUGUAUAUGUAUUCCCUUGUAUUUUGUUAAAGCUGGAACAUUUGAUAUUUUUCCAUUCAUUUAUUAAAAAAUAUGAACCUAUUUUCAUUUGUACAAGCUAAUUGUUUUUUAAAGCAAGUCACCUUAGGGUGACUUUAAUUGUAUAAGUCAAGCACAUGUAACAAAUUCAAAACCUGCAGUUAACAGGAUAUUAUUAGACAUCAUCCUGGUAACUAAAUAUUAAAGAUUCUCUUUAAAAAUGACUGAACAUGUUUACAGGUUUGAAUUAGGCUAAAAGGUCUGCAGUGGCUUUUCAUGCCCCUUCAAAUUGAAAUGGGACUACUGUACUUUGCCAUUUUUCUAUAAAUCAGUAUUUUUUUUUAAUUUUGAUAUAAUACAUUGUGUGAAAAAAGAAAAUGGCUAAUAAACUGUAUUAAAUCUUAAACAAUGUAUAAAGAUUGUACUUAGCCAGUUCAAAGUGUAUAUUUAUUCAUAAUGAAUUAUAACAGUUAUAUUUUUGUGUUUCUUGUAAAUGUUUCUUUUCCCUUAAAUACAGAUAAUUCAUUUGUAUUGCUUAUUUUAUUAUGAGCUUACAACAAAAAGACUUCAGGAACAAACUGUUAGAAUGGUUCAAGGUUGUUUAUAUGACCUGUCUCACAAAGAUGGUUGUUAUUUUAAGUAUAAAUAGUAAUUGGGUAGUAGGCCUAUACAUUCAAAUGCCUUGUAUAAACUGCAAAAUGAACGCCAAGUUGUUUUCACUUGUAUUGACUUUAUGUUGUAUGAUUCCAAUCUCUGUUUGGCACUUGUAUUUAAUUCCCCACCUUUGUAAGACAUUUGUAUAUUGCGGAUGUGUUCAUUGAAGCUAUUUAAAACCUGGCGCUGUUAAUACACAGUACUUUACUGUACAGACUGUUUUACUGUUUUAAUUGUGGUUCUGUGUGCUUUUUUUUGAAUGAGGCUGGCAUGUUUUAUUUGUUUUCUGGCAAUACAUGUGAGAAUCUCGAAGCGUUUUGUUGUAGAUGCUAACGUGUCAGAAUCCUUAAUCCUUUCCAUUCAACCUUUCUAAGAAAAGCAUUUUCAGUCUUGUAAUGUGUGCUUAUAGUAACUAAUUUUGUUGAAAAUGGUUUCAAGUUACUCAAAUUUGUACAGACUGUAAAGAUUUGUUGACAGCAAAAUGUUGAAGAAAAAACUUAUAGAAUAAAACUAUAAAGUAUAUAUUAGGAUCUGCAAACAUGAUGAAUUAUGUAAUAUAUUGUACAAAUGUAAGCAAAGGCUCUGAAAUAAAAUGCCAUAGUUUGUGAA